AUGAGAUCCUUUUCAUUUAUCGCGCUCAUUCUAGGGGCUGUUUUGCCCUUUGUCGACGCCAAUGGUCUGCCCGAAGUUAUUUAUCGUGAUGUCGCGGUCAUCGGAGGAGGCGCCUCCGGAGCCUAUGCUGCUGUUCGUAUGCGUGAUGAUAUGAACAAAAGUAUUGCUUUAAUUGAAAAGCAGAAUAUCCUGGGGGGUAUGGUUGACACAUACGUGGACCAGAAGACUGGGAAAACAUUUGACUAUGGAGUUCAGGGUUUCCUCAACGUUAGCGGCGCGACUGACUUCUUUGCUCGCUUCAAUAUCUCGAUUGGUAGCCACCUAAGCAGCUCGUCUUCAGUCACCCAGUAUAUUGACUUCAGAACUGGCAGCAAGGUCGAUUUUACACCUCCAUCAUCAUCAAAGCAGAUUGCAGCCAUUGCCAAAUUCCUCGAAGUCAUCGAACCCUGGGAAUCAAUGUUAUUUCCUGGCUACUGGGACUUCCCCGAGCCCCGUGACAUCCCAGAAGAUUUUCUAAUUCCAUUUGGAGAGUUUUUGACCAAACAUGGCCUGGAGGAUGGCGCUCCUAUCAUUUACGCAUCCACUGGCCUCGGCGUGGGUAAUAUGAGUGCAGUCACCACAAUGUUUGCGCUGCAAAGCUUUGGUUGGGAUAUGGCGCGCGCCCUGACGGGCAAAAUGGGACUGUUUACGCCUGAAUCCGGGGGCAACCAGGUGCUCUACGAUGCGAUUGCGAAGGACCUGGGAGAUGAUGUUCUAUACUCGAGCACUGUCAUCGAAAGCCACCGCACCGACUUCGGAGUCUCCCUGACUGUCCGCAACUACAAGACGAAUAAGGUGACAAUUAUCAUCGCUAGACGACUUCUUGUUGCCAUUGAGCCAACCAAGGAGAACGUGAAGACUUUGGAUCUGAGCCCCUUUGAAUCAUCAACCUUAGCCAAGUUUACAUACUCAAACGAAUAUGCUGGCUUGGUCGAUAACUCCAUAUUCAACCAGAGUACUUACUAUUACAACUUACCAUCUUCCGCUGCGCCAAACAACACCCUUGUCUACCAAGAAGACCCCAUGGUCGCAAGCUUCCAAUACACUGGCCUCGAGAAUUUGUUCCGAGUGAUGGUUAUCGGUAACACCACUACUACCGCCGAUGAGGCCAAGACUUUGAGCCAGGAAAGCUUCAGUACCUUGAUCAAGUCUGGUCGGUUCACCCCUUCUGCGCAAGAGCAAGAGCUCAGCUGGGCCGCUUUCUCUACACACGGUGCCAUGCAUGCUCGCGUUACUGUAGAUCAAGUGAAGGCAGGCUUCUUCCAGGACUUGUAUAAGCUCCAGGGCGCCCGUUCCACCUGGUGGACCGGUGGUGCUUUCUCUGCAAACUUCCAGACCCAGCUUUGGAAAUUUGACGAGGGACUUUUCCCCAAAAUUCUGAAGGGCCUCUAA